CUGGGGUCUCAUCAAGGCGUAUAUAAAGCAGCGCAAUGGGAGAAACUGGUAUUCGCAGCGAGCCAGCUGGUUUACGAAAGGGCGCGGAUCUUAAGAACGCGCCGGGCGCAAAUAACGCAGGGAGUCGCAGCCAGAACAGUGCAGCAUUCAUGGCAGCUCCACAUUAUACAGCGGUGCUUGCAGCGCUGACAGCCCUGUAUCUCGGAAGGUCAACAGAAGCUGCGUGUGAAAGAGGAACCAAAGUCUUCGAGGCAGUUAACGAAUUAGUCAAGAAGCUACCGGCCGAAUAUUCUGAAACUCUGAAUCGCGAGUCAGACUGGGUACCUGGAGUAACCCUGACAACCAUGACGCUCAGGGGCCUUGAGCAAUGCGAAAUUUUGGGACCCGUUCAGUCAUACUGCAAAGGAAAUGACGACAUGACACUGUUUGAGCUACAUUGCACACCCCUCUCAAAUACCAUCAACUGGAGUAUGUGCAACGGACGCAACGGGACCCUGGUGACAACCAUUCGCUACGCCAGGAUGAGCGUGGAGUUUUUUACUGAACACAUGGAGAACAGCACAGACGUCAACCUUGUUUCAGCCGGAACAGUGGCGCCCUCUGAGCUGACCGGCGUUUCGCUGACCUUGACAGGCAGCAGCAAUUUCCUCAACGGCGCCGCUUCCAUAUUGGUUGCGUCUUUCUCGGAGACAGUCCGAGAAAUGUGGCUAGGUACCCUUCCCGGAGUUCUUCUGAACGUACUUCACGAGAUCAAACGAAAGCGACAAGACUCCUGA